CUGAACUGUUCGGUGGUUCAGUUUGCACCUUGAACCUCCUCGCUGUCUCCUGCCCAUUACACCCACCAGGAUCCAGACAAGCAGCACCAUGAGAUACACCACAGGGGCAGCGAAUGCAACAGAACCACCACAAAAGUUCACCUUUAACCCAAAAGAGGGAAUUGACAAUCCAGCCUUAGUGAUUUCCGAUGACACAGAGCCGGCGGUGAAGCCGCGGUUAUGUCUGCUGAAGCGAGAGGAGGGCGAGGGCUUCGGGUUCUUCCUGAGGAAGGAGAGGAGCUGCAGGGGUCAUGUGGUUCAGCAGGUAUCCCCGUGGAGUGCAGCAGAGCGCAGCGGCCUGAGGGACGGAGACAGAGUCCUGGAGGUCAAUGAGGACUUUGUGGACAAUCAGGAGUAUGAAAAGGUGGUGAUGAAGGUUCAGGCGUCUGGGCAGCAGUUGUGUCUGCUGGUUCUGAGGGCGGAGGAUUAUGAGGUUGCCGUGUCUGAAGGAAUGGAUCUCGUGGCUCUGGCCAGGGCACACAGAGGAGAAGACUGCGCUCGCCCACGUUUGUGCCACAUCAGCAGAGUACCAGGCCUGGGUCUGGGCCUGGGCAUCAUCCCCAUUGAAGGUGAGAGAGGAAGGUAUUACUUGAGUCCAGUUGGAGAGGGUCCAGCAGAAAAAGCAGGAGUUCAGCCAGGAGAUCGUCUUAUCUGGAUGAAUGGAUCCAUGGUCUCUACGCUCACUCAUUCUGCACUGGCCAAAAUGUUUAGGAAGAGUGCUGAACACGUGACCAUCAUGGUAAUAGACAGCAGAAGUGAAGCGAGCUAUGCCCGCCGGAGGCUGCCCAUCCUUCCUGCUUUCGCCAGUGUUCACAACCUUCCCCACAGACCGAAAACCCUGCACCUUGUCCAGGGACCACAGGGCUACGGCUUCCUGUUACGCCAAGAGAAGCUCUCUUCAGGACGUAUUGCUCACCUGAUGCGGGAGGUGGAUCCUCACAGUCCAGCAGAGUUGUCAGGGAUGGAGGACGGGGAUAUGCUGCUAGCAGUGAACGGAGAGCAGGCGGAGAACAGAGAGCACGAGGACAUCGUCAGCAAAAUACGACAGAGCGGCCAGCAGGUCACACUGACCACCAUUUCCAUCCAGGGCAGAGACUACUACACACAGCUUGGUUUCUCACCCUUGUUGUUUUAUGAUCAAACCAACCCGAAGAGAGAGAGUUUUCCCGAGCCCACUUUACCACGCAGAGACCUGCCAUCAAACUCCCCGUGUCCUCGACUGUGUGUCCUUCACAGAGAAGGGACAGGAUUCGGCUUUAACCUGGCCUGCGUCCAGAACAGGACAGGGACCUACAUCAGCCAGGUGGUGGAGGGGGGAGCUGGAGAGAAGGCAGGUCUGUGGGAGGGGGACGUGGUGGUGGAGGUGAACGGGCAGAAGGUGGAGGAGGAGCACUUUGAGGAGGUGCUGAGGACCAUUAAGAAAGCAGGAAGUCCUCUCAGGCUGCUGGUUCUGGAGAGAGCAGGUUAUGAAAAACUCCGAAAGAGCGGCUUAACCAUCAGCUGUGGCCUGAUCUCACACAGCAUGCAGGUCCCAGAUUCUACACAAGACUGUUUUGUGUGACGGAUUGUGAACUUUAUCCAAUAAACUCAAGAAUCAUCGUCCUGCUGAAACCACUGAAUCACAUCUGCUGUCCUGUCAAUGAAGAUGUGAUAUAUCUAAAAUACAAUAAAAGAACUGCAUGCAUUUAAAAUGCUUUAUUAAACCUCUAACCUUUAGAUGCAUAAACGUUUCUAGCUGCAUCUCAAAUAACUCAUUACUCCCUGUAUAAUAAACUUCAUGUACUUCAGAUUUUGUUGUAUGAAUAAAUGUUAAUAUUGUUUUAUUACAAAUAUAUAAUGCAAACAUUAGUAUCUGUGUUAAAAUAAAAAGACAAAAUAUAUUGCAGUAUUACAAAUAAAUGAUUUUUCUUGUUAUAAAUGACUUAAGACAGAAGAUAUAUUUAAUGAGGUAUAAAAACAUUUAUUUUUAUUGUCAUCAGAAUUCAUACAGAAUGCAAAUAGAAAUGUAUAAAACAUGUCUUAUUUGUCUUUGUAAACAUGUAAAUAUUAAAUUAUAUUUCGAUUACAUUCUAAAAUGUAUGUACUCGCUGUUUUGCAUUGUUUUUAUUUCAUAUUUUCUUAUUUCUUCUACGUUUUUACAAAGUUCUCAUUUCCUCAUACUGUUAAUCCAAAGAUUUAUACCAAAAUAAAAAUGUAUUUAAUCAAUUCCACGUCACAUUACAAAUGUAUGUAAAAUACAAUUUUACUGUAUAAAAUGUUUUUUUUUUAAGGUAAAAAUCUUUCCUCAAAGUUACCUAGUCCCUAUUUACCUAAUCUCACUUUUCUUUAGUUAUUUUAUCUUCCGUUUUCUCUUAUUUCAUUAUUAUUAAAGGAGAGGGCACAAUCAAAGGCAGAUUUAAGUUUAACAUUUAAUUUCUUUAUAUAUACUUCACAUAUAAAAUGAAUAUAAAGCUGAGGAUGCUUUUAUUCAUGUUCUCAUUCCCAUUGCAAUUCCAUUAAAGCAUUUUAAGACAUAUAUUUGAUAUAUGAUAUUUAAGACAGAUGUAUGUAUAAAUUAAUCAGUCACAGAACUCUGUCAUCAUGUAAAUAAAGCUGUAUAUGAUAGUG